AUGGCCAUGGAGACAAUUGCUCGAAAAGAUCACGCAAAAGCGAUGGAAAACGAGGUGAAACAGAUCCAAAAACAGUUAAGACCAGGACGACCCGAGCCGCCCAUUUGGUGGAGUUACACCUCUGUUAGACGGUAUUUGCAUGCCCAGAAGCUAUGCGUAUGGUCGUACUUUUUGGAGCUGAGCUGGGUCCAUUGGGUCGUCUUCCACACCCAAUUUCUGCUGCUUAGCAUUCUUCAGGUUGGACCAGUUCCACAGCACGUUUCGUUCAUCAUGGACGGCAACAGACGGUAUGCCAAGUCUCUCAACAAGCCGACAAAGUCGGGACACGAGGCUGGGGCUUGGACGUUGCUGAAAAUGCUAUCUAUGUGCAAAACUCUAGGGGUCAAAAUUGUUUCUGCGUACGCGUUCUCUAUCGAGAACUUCAACCGUCCACGCGAGGAAGUAGACUUGUUAACGUCACUUUUGGCUGAAAAGCUCGACGAAGUUGGACGGAGAGCCUUAGAUCGCAAAAGCGAGCUUUUUGGCGUCCGUUUGCGCGUUGUGGGCGAGAGAUCCAUGAUCUCCAAGGAACUCAACGACAGAAUCACCCGGGUCGAGAGAAUGACUGAUGGUGGCGACUCAAUGACGCUUUAUGUAUGCUUUCCUUACACGUCCAGAAACGAAAUCUACCACGCCGUGUACGACACAGCAGAAAGUUGCAAGUACCACGGCCAGGCUGCAGAGGAUGUGGACGUUCGCAGCUUCACCAAAAGCAUGUUUUUGGGCGACAAUUCCAACAGAUGCGACCUUUUGAUUCGCACUAGCGGCCACACUCGACUUUCGGACUACAUGUUGUGGCAGGUGCACGAGAACGGCGUGAUCGAGUUCACCAACACGCUGUGGCCCGAUUUUGGGUUCAUAGAGUUUUUCGUGAUGUUGCUAAGAUGGAGCUUUUUUGCGUGUUUGCAGCGCCGAGAACUGGCUAACGUGUCGCUCAGGUCGCAAGCGUUCCACUUGUUCAAGAACAACUUGUUUCCGUUCAAACGCAAACCAGUUUCAUACGAGGACUUACCUGAGGCCCCUCAGGCAGUCUCUGUGGUUUUGAAAAGUUAA